AUGGGAAAUUGUGUGUUUAAAGGGUUUCGAGAGGCAGAAGAGAUGGUGAAAGUCGUGACAUCCAGUGGGGGAAUAAUGGAGCUCUUUGCCCCCAUCACAGCUAACUCCAUAACCAAUGAGUCCCCAGGCCAUGCCAUCUUCCGCAGCCCUGACCUCUUCGCGCAACCUCUUCUCCACAACGAAGAGCUUCAUCCCAAAGAGCUUUACUAUCUCCUACCUCUAAACCCCUACAAAACCCCCAAAAAUCAUGAUAUUAAUGCAAACCCUUACGGCACCGUUUGUACACCAUAUCGCAUGUCAUGUGACAAUCAAGGCAAGAGGCCGUCAGAUCCUGAAGUUUUUCCGAGGUACAACAGUAGUGGGGUUUGGAAGGUGAAGCUGGUGAUAAGUCCAGAGCAGCUCUCUGACAUUUUGUCGCAGGAAGCUCGCACUGAGGCUUUGAUUGAAAGCGUGAGGACAGUGGCCAAGUGUGGCACCGGAGGGAACUCAUCGGUGGCAAGUUCCGACCAGUGGAGUCUGUCUAGUAGUUGGAAGGAGCUGUCAUCGUGA